CUCUUUUGGAAACGAAAUGGAAAAUGGAGUGGAUUUCGCAGGAAUCCUGAAGUUUUCAAGCCAAACUGGAGCCUAGGAACAGCCACUCAACUCCUCGGCCGGCUGCUAUUUUUAAGCUGUGUGAAAUACCAAAGACUCUGUGUCCAAGAUGAAGAUUUCCUGACUCGAGCAAGCAACACGCGUGUGGAUUUUUGGUCGCUUCACCCACAUGUUUCCUUUUAGUUUGGAACAAGGAGGCUCGGACAGCCUAGGAAACAAAGUUAUGAUUUCUUGAAAUUCCCCUGCUUAACAAACUAACGACACAUUCACUCAGGACGAGCCCUGGAGUGAUUGCACUCCUCCUUUGUGUUUUGGUCCCGGGCCGUUUUCAUGGGCACCAAGAAGUGUGGCUCAACAAGAAAAGCAGAAGGGAACAGGAUGAGCGGCAAUGGAGAAGAAGAGAGUGACUCCUGCAGUGCCAGGAAGAUGCUGAAAUGUGUGGUGGUCGGGGACGGUGCCGUCGGAAAGACUUGUUUGCUUAUGAGCUAUGCCAAUGAUGCUUUCCCAGAAGAGUACGUGCCCACCGUUUUUGACCACUAUGCAGUAACUGUGACGGUAGGAGGCAAACAGCAUUUGCUUGGACUUUACGACACUGCUGGGCAGGAGGACUACAAUCAGUUACGGCCCCUCUCCUACCCCAACACAGACGUGUUUUUAAUCUGUUUCUCAGUCGUGAACCCCGCCUCGUACCACAAUGUCCAGGAAGAAUGGGUGCCGGAACUGAAAGUCUACAUGCCUCAUGUGCCUUAUGUCUUGAUAGGAACUCAGAUUGACCUCCGAGACGAUCCCAAAACCUUGACCCGGUUGUUCUACAUGAAGGAGAAACCCCUGACUUACGAACAUGGCAUCAAACUGGCAAAAGAGAUUGGAGCCCAGUGCUACUUGGAAUGCUCGGCUUUGACGCAGAAGGGCCUGAAGGCCGUCUUUGAUGAAGCAAUCCUCACUAUUUUCAACCCCAAGAAAAAGAAGCCACGCUGUGCCGAAUGCUGCAGCUCUUGCAAAGUUCUAUGACGCUUCCUGGAAAUUGAAGCCGCACAAUGCUGGCAUCCAGCUAAAGCAUUCCCCCCCCCCCACCACCACCCCUGGGGGAACGAGGGACAUGACCAGAAAGGAGCCAGUUCCGAGGCUCCUCCCAGUCUGCGACUCCUCAGUCCUGCAACCUCUUCAGUCUUCUCAUGUCUAUUUGCUUUUCUAACUGCUGCAGAACUGUAUUGACAAGACAGCCAGGCCCAAUAUCAUGGCCAUUUUUGCUGUGCAUGCCAGUUGAUAUAGAGUUGCCAACUUUCAGAUGGGGCCUGGAGAUCUCCUAGAAUUACAACUGAUCUCCAGGCUACAGAGAUCAGUUCCCCUGGGGGGGAAAUGGCAGCUUUGGAGGGUGAGGGUGAACUCUAUGGUAUUAUACACCACUGAGGCCCCUCCCCAAACUGUCCUCCUCAUGCUGCAACCCCAAAUCUCCAGGAUUUCCCAACCUGGAGUUCGCAAUCCUAUGUUAAUUACAUAAAUGCUUUCUCCCCGCCCCCACCCCCCAUGGUCUAGAUCCAUGUGAAACAUGAUUCAAUGGAAGGAAAGUAACUCAAAGAUCCUACACCAUCACCAAGAGACAUUGGAUUCAUUAUUUGCACCUUCAGAAGGGAAGGAAUUGAUCUCACCCACAAGAACAUGCAAUAAUUAUUACUGAAUGUGAAUGCAGCUAAAAGAUGUUUCUUUUGGCAUUGGCAGGGUUAAGAUCCAAGAGAAAUGUAGGAAAUUUGUUUGAAUUCAGACGAUCUCCAUUUUCAAAAGAUUUAACAUAGAAUCCAAACAGCCUGUCCUGCAGUUUGUCUUCCUUUUGUAUAGUAGGCAUAAUCCAAAGAGAAGCCACACAACGUGUUCGCAUUUAUGCUGAGGCUUGUGGAAUCCUUGCCUUAUUCAGUCCAAUGCUAUACAACUAGGGUUGCCAGCCUCCAGGCAGUGACGGGAGAUCUCCUGGAAUUACAACUGGUCUCCAGGCCACAGAGAUCAGUUCACCUGGAGAAAAUGGCUACUUUGGGGGGGGGGGUGGACUCUAUGCCAUGCCGAAGUCCUUUCCCUCCCCAAACCCCACUUCCUCCAAGUUUCUCCAGGUUUCACUGACCAGAUCUCCAGGAAUUUCCCAACUGGGAGCUGGCAACCCAUCCAGUCCAACACUCUGCGUCACACAAUGGCCAAAAACCAGUGUCAUCACGAGGUCUGCCAGUGGGGAAGGGACACUAGAAGCCCUCCCACUGAUUGCCCCCCCCCAAAGACCAAGAAUACAGAGCAUCACUGCCCUAGACAGAGCAUUCCAUCUAUACCUUGUGGCUAAUAGCCACUGGUGGACCUCUGCUCCGUAUGUUUAUCCACUCCCCUCUUGAAGCUGUCUAUGCUUGAAGAUGCCACCACCUCCUGAGGCAGUGAAUUCCAUGUGUUAAUCACCCUUUGGGUGAAGAAGUACUUCCUUUUAUCCGUUCUAACCCGACUGCUCAGCAAUUUCAUUGAGUGGCCACGAGUUCUUGUAUUGUGAGAAAGGGAGAAAAAUACUUCUUUCUCUACCUUCUCUAUUCCAUGCAUAAUCUUGUAAACCUCUAUCAUGUCACCCCUCAGUUGUUGUUUCUCCAAACUAAAGAGCCCCAAGUGCUUUAACCUUUCUUCAUACGGGAAGUGUUCCAUCCCUUUAAUCAUUCUAGUUGCCCUUUUCUGUACUUUUUCCAGUACUAUAAUAUCUUUUUUGAGGUGUGGUGACCAGAAUUGUACACAGUAUUCCAAAUGAGGCUGUACCAUUGAUUUAUACAGGGGCAUUACGAUACUAGCUGAUUUGUUUUCAGUUCCCUUCCUAAUAAUCCCCAGCAUAGCAUUGGCUUUUUUUAUUGCCGUCGCACACUGUAUCGACAUUUUCAGUGAGUUAUCCACCACGACUCCAAGAUCUCUCUCUUGGUCAGUCUCUGCCAGUUUGGACCCCAUCAUUGUGUAUUUAUAUUUGGGAUUUUUGGCCCCAAUGUGCAUUACUUUGCACUUGGCCCCGUUGAACCUCAUCUGCCAUAUUUAGCAACGGUACCCAAACUACAUUGCAAAGUACCACUAGAUGAAAUCUGUUCUUUGCCCCAUCAAGGCCAGGAAGAUGUUGAGGCAUUUCAUGCAAAAAUGAUCCUCAAUUAUCCAUGAAAACAGCCACAUUUCAUUCCAGUUCUUGACCCAACUAUGAAGGAUCCACAAGCUCCCUGCACCGACCCAAUUGCUUUAUAUGAUUGUGGAUGUCUUAUUUUCAAAUGUUUUCUACCAACUGUGUCAUUUAAGUAUAAAAAC